AUGUAUAUUGUAAAUGUGAAGUUGAAGAAGUAUCCAUGGAAGGAACAAUGCACUUGCUGUUGCUUUUCUCGUCAAUUUUUUUUUGCUGGAGCAAAUAUAGUUAGUGAAGAAAAACAUCAUGUUUCCUACUGCCAAACCAAGAACUGCUUUUGUCGGAACAAGUCAACAGCGGAUUCCUCCUAUAAGAAUCUUUCUACCCUUCCAAGAGGACUCCCCAGGACUAUAACUUCCCUCAUCCUUACCGGAAAUGAUUUUCCUGAUUUGAAGGACGAAGAUUUCAAUCCAGUAGCUCAUCUGAAAUUAAAAAGUCUCAUAAUGAAACAUUGUAACAUUGAAAGCAUCUCUAAAUCCGCUUUUCAAACUCUCAGUAGCCUUGUGAAGUUUGACUUAUCUUAUAAUAGGAUAACAGGAAAGAUGCUAUAUUUAGCCACAAGAUCUCUUGGUAAAUCGAGAAUCAAGAUUCUAGAUGUGUCUGGGAAUUAUUUUAAUGGGUCGAAUGAUCAAUUUUCUGGAUUUAGAAAUGAAUGGUUCUUACAACUGCGAGAAUUAUGUUUAGUAGGUAUAAAUGUGAAUAUUUUCAAUUUUACAACACUUUCCACACUUAAGAAGUUAAGUAAAUUGGAUCUAGGAAGCAACAGAAUUACUCACUUACAUGUCUCUAAGGAAACGGUAUUUUUAAAGCUUCAGUAUUUAGAUCUGGCAAGAAACAGUCUUAGAGAUACAAGUUUCUUCCAGAAAAGAGGAAAUUGUCUGCCGAAACUUAUACAUCUAGACUUGUCUCGUAACCCAUUUUUUACAAUAUGCUCUCGUUCAUUUGUAAAACUAAUAAGCUUGAAAGCUCUGAUUAUGGAUCAUCUCCAGGUCAAAGCAUCAAUAGAAACAAGGGCUCUGGAAUCGCGAAGUCUUGUUAAUCUUUCUAUUGACAGUUUUCAAGGUGAUAAUCAUAUAUUGUUUAAACAUUGCCCUCUACUGCAGGAACUUCAAAUGAGAAGAAUGACAUUAUUUUUGACCAAUUUAACAAAGAUGCUGUCGCCUUUAAGACAUUUGAGAUCUCUAUUAAUCCGAGGAUGCGGCAUUAAGUAUAUGUCGUCUUUACAAGGAUUGCCAGAACUCCAAAAGCUAGAUUUUACCUACAAUCAUAUACAGAACCUUCAAAAAAAGGACAUUGAAAACCUAUGGAAAUUGGAAGAAAUAUCGUUUGGUUGGAACUCUAUUUUUACAGUUUCUCAAUCUUCUUUUCCAGAAUUUAUCUGGAAAAAGAAGAAGCUUCGAUUAGAUUUAUCAUCAAACCCCUUUAAUUGUGACUGUGAACUUGAAUGGUUUUCCAACUGGCUGAGAAUUAACAACCAUAAGGUGGUUGCUUAUCCAUUCCGAUAUACAUGCAAAACACCAGUAAAGCUGCAAAAUCAGUAUCUUUUAAGGGUUGAUUUUCGCAUGUGUCAUCAGUUGAAUCAAUAUAUGAUUUUAUCAUUUACCUUUUGUGGAAUAAUAUCCAUUAUUUCUUUUACGAUUGUCCUUGCCUGGAAACUUAGAUGGGACAUAAAAUACUAUAUUCACAUAUGUAAACGUAGAAAUCUCAAAAGGUAUACGAGACUGUUAUCUGAUGGGUAUCAGUAUGACGGAUUUGUUGCAUACAAUACACGAGACAGGAAAUGGAUCAUGUCGGAACUUGUCGAAAAUUUAGAAAAUAGAAGAAAAUACAAACUUUGCCUUCACGAAAGAGACAUCAUUCCUGGGGGAAUCUUUGUCGAUGAAAUUCUUGAUAGCAUUGAAGUUAGUAGAAAAUUUAUCCUUGUAUUUUCUCCCAAUUUUAUGAGUGAUCAGUGGUGCCAGUAUGAAGCAACCCUUGCAAACCAUGCUCUGGCUGACGGUAGAAUUGGAGAAAUUAUUCUUAUUGUUUUAGGAAAAAUCAGAUCUGAGCAUAUGACAAAUUCCAUGAAAAUUUUGCUGAAAUCUAUCCGCAAUAUAGAGUGGACAGAAAAUAAAAAUGGACAAAAAUUAUUUUGGUCCAGUAUAGAACAACUCAUGAACUGAUAAAUUAACUACAUUGUAUCUAUGAGAAGUUCAAGGGUUAAUUUUCUUUACAGUAUUGUGAAAAGACUUACAUGUACAUGUAUUCUUUCUUACUUUUAUUACAUAAAAACUAAAAUGUUCAUGUUAGAAGUAUCAGAAAGAGGAAAAUACAAUAUUUGCCUUGAAAAUUGUUCGGCUAGGGUUAAUCUUGGGUGAAAAAAUGUGUGUUUCUGCAAUUAGGCUAUCUGCUUUUCAUCAAUAGAAUCAAAAUGUAAAUUGGACGAUGAUGUAAAUCUUAUUUUAUUUUACACCCUUCACUGUAAGUUAUAAUUUGAGUAAUUUAUA